GCCAUUGUAGAUGUUUGAUAAUUUCCUGCUCUCUGGUGAAGUUGGUCUUACAAGAUGAGAUCCACACUUCAGACUGUAUUGUUCAUUGGUGCUUGUUUGGUUGCAGAUGUUCUGGGAGAUUGGCGGUGUUUGGGCGCCGGCGGGAAGUGCCAAUAUGAUCUGAGCCCAAGCGCAAUGUCCCGGAGGGGUCCUGAAGGGCUGUGUAAUGGCCCUAGCGCUAGGCGCUGUUGUCUACCAGCUGGCCGAGAAGAAAACGCAGAACGGUUGACAAAUGCCGAAGCUCUUCAGAUUCUCAGAGCCAACGGGAUGACAUGGUCGUCGACCGGUGGGUGCAAUGACCGGAACGUAAGAAGCUGUACAUCCUUCACGGGCAUGAGACGAGCGACUCUGGUAGGCCUGGUUGCCUUCAAGCAUGCGUCUAAGUGUAACAUCGUGGUCACAGGAGGAACCGAAACGGGACACUCAUCAGGCGAAUACAGCCAUUCCAAGGGGUAUAAAGUCGACAUCCGCUAUUAUGGGGUCAAUGAUUGUGUGUUGAACUUCGUCCGAAGAAAUUUCAAUCAAAUAUCCAACCGCUCAGACGGAGCCAUGCAGUGGAGAGACGGAUCCAGGAAUACGUAUGCCAGGGAAAGCAACCACUGGGACAUCACGUAUUAUUAAUAAAAUUUGCAAAUCUGUUUCUUACAUUUUAACAAAGUUUAAUGUAUACAGAUUGUCAUGCAGAUUAAAAUAAUUGCAAAACUUUUGCGGUUAGCUUUUCUUACUGUAGGCCUAUAUAUCGAUUGCUGAUCGGAAUGCAAGGUAAUCUCAUAUCAAAUUUGAUGUAUGACAUACUGAACUUUGAGCGCGCUCCACAAAAUGUGGCAAACCUGUCGCAAAAAUGCUUAAAGGCAUAAUGCACUCUUAAUUUUGGUGGAAGGAAACUUGGACCCUGGACAUCGCAACUCAAUCUGCUGUUAAACUACAUUUAGAUACUUCUGACUGACGCAGGCCGCUGCACUUAGUCAACGGUGGAUAAUUCGACUGAUAGAAAGGCAGGUUUCAAUAAGUUAUCAGUGCACGACUGGUUUAUGCCUAUUUUCAAAAGUGAUCAUCAAAUCGCUGAAUAGAAGAAGUCAACUAUGCUGAAUGUAAAAUAGUUUUUCUUCUGGAGCAACACCUGGAUUUAUUGUGCACUAUGGUUUCUGUUUAAACACGACUACCCUUGUGCAGCCUAAGUGACUUUCCACCUUCGGCUGAGUUAUAUAUGCCUUGAGGCCUACACUAGAGAAAAGUUCAAAAAUCUAUCAUCCUCUCGGUUUCUCCUAGAUACUGUUUCAUAAGUUUAGAGAUGGGUGGAAUAUUAACAAAAGGGCGCAUUGAGAAAACGAGCUCUGGACAAGCCUGGGAAAUUUUGUUCACUAUACCUAAUAUUGCGAUAUAUCUGUAUUGGUGGGGCUGUAUUACGUCUUUUGAACCAAAAUUUCUUCGACAUAGUCUUUGUCGUAAUUUGUGGAUACGAACAUUGUGAACACAGACAACUUUUGGGUUGGUUACGUACAUAAAUA